UGCUGCCGGAGCCCGGCGGCAGCGCAUGGGCGCAACGGAAGCGCCCGAGCCCAGUUCCGGCCGCCUCCUCCCGCCGCCCGCCUCGCGCGCACCCCGGGCGGAGCGCAGCGCAGCGCAGCGAUCGCAGCGCCGCCACAGUGCGCGGGGCCGCCCGCGGCCGCCGGGAAUGGCGCUGCCCCGGGGCGCGCGGCCCCGCCGGGCCCGGGUCUCUCCGCGGAGCGUCCGCCCCACUGCUGCGGCCGCGGAGCGGACCGCGCUGAGCCCCGCAGGACGCGCGGCCAGGUGCCGGGCACGGCUGGACGGCGCCCGUCGGGCCGCCCCGUGGGCUCCUUCGGCGCCCGCUGCGCUGAGGGCUCCUCGUGCGCAGCCUCUGGAGAACGGCGCGCCCCCACCCCGCUGAACCGGGCCCGCCCCGCCGCGAGGAGCUCAGAGGGGCUUUGGUCAGACGGAGCCCUGCAGAGGAGUAUGGUCUGGAAAUCACCAACAAUGGUCCCAUCACAACAGGAGCUCAGGCUACUGUUCACGCCACUCUGAGGAUGAAGAACAACAGCACUGUAUCAAACUUGUACCACUUCAACUGGAUUUAUGCUCCUCUGAUCCUGAUAGAGAAAUCCGAGCAGCGGCUUAACUCCGUAAUUAAUGUGACUGGUGAAUUUCCUGGGACUUUUCCCAUAUCUGUCUGGGUGACUCACAGAAACUGCUGGUUAUGUCGGCCAGUUGCUAGGAAUGUCACCAUGCUUCAGAUCACAGAAUUUGUCACAGGGAAUCUUACCAUUGCCCAGAUAGAAGACAGCAGAUUUAUCAAGUCUGGUUCUAGCUCUUCCAUGGGAGCUGUGACGCGGAUUUCUUUCUGUCUUCACGAUCCAAGUAAUUACUUCAAGGCAGCUUCGUUUGUCUACAACUGGGAUUUUGGAGAUGGAGUUUAUCAGAUUACCAAGGAGCCCUUUGUCUACUGUAACUACUCCACCACGGGGAAUCGCACAGUGCAUCUCAAAGUCGUAGCAGAAUGGAAGCAAAUUGGAAGCAUCAUACAUGAAACAGAAACUGUGCAGAAAACGGGUGAUUUUACCACUGCUCUGGAGCUGCUAGAUGCUGUUAAAAGCAUUAACGUAGUGGGCUCCAGAGAGACUCACGUCAUGGAAAACUUGAGUUUAUCUCUUCAUAUCAAUGGCACCCCACCACUAGCAUUAUGCUGGCUUAUAAAGUCCGAGUGCAUUCCACUAGAAGGCGAAAAGUGCCAUCUGGUGGUGAUCACCGGCUCCUGCUACAACCUCAGCCAUACCUUCAGUGACGCCGGGCAGUACUGCCUCAGCGUCCGAGUGCAGAACGGCGUGACGAUGCUGCAGACCUACCACGAAAUAAAAGUGUGGCCAACAGGGAUCCAGCCAGCCUUCUUUGUCCUGCUGUGCAUCGUCCUGGUUUCAGUGAUGGUAGGACUGGUGCUGUACACGACCUUUCGAAGUAACACACAACAGAAAGACCUUGUGGAGGUAGCUGACUUUGACUUUUCUCCGCUGUCCGAUAAAAGCCUGUCUGCUCAUUCAGAGUCAGGCUGUGGCCAAGUAUGUUGCAGAUCGUGCUUUCUUCGGUCAUCUCAAGAAGCUGCCAGGGAGAGUCACGAAUUUCUACUUUCUUUUUACAAGCCAGUCAAAAUGUACACGGUGUGAAGAACACAACUGCACUUUGGUUACACUAACUCCAAGUUUAACUUUCUCACGUGUGAUGAGUUACAAGCCCAGUGCUGCAUGAAUGGUUUCUUUUGCCAAUGCUAUGUGGUAAACUACUUUGCCAAGUCCAGCACCUGAGUGUUUCAUUAUAUAAUCUGAAAAAGGAGGAGCCUGAAACACAGCAGAAGUAAUUUUGUACUUUUAAAUUAUAUGGAUGUAUACAUUUACAGCUGUAAAAGCAGCAUUUUAUUCUUGUGAAAGAUUAUUUUAUGCAGUUUGCUCAACUCACUACCUCUUGUAAUUUCUCUGUUCCUUCUGCUAUAUGUUUCAAAAAAGAAAAUGCUUAAAACAAA